UUUUUCCCAUCUGAAUAGCCUUUGAGUGACAUAAAACAAUUCAUUCGGCCAUCAUUACGCCAUCAUCCAGCCAUGAUCGCACAACUAAUAGGUGCUGUCCUUCUAAUCCAGGUAGCUUCUGCUGCCCCCACAACCAGAAUCGUGAAUGGCACGGACGCAUCUAUUUCCGACUUCCCCUUUGUGGUGUCUUUACGUGGUUCGACUGGCAGCCAUUCCUGUGGCGGAAGCAUUCUCAACGAAAACUGGAUUCUAACCGCGGCGCACUGCGUCAACUACUAUACCACGCCUAUUCUGCAAUCGAUCCAGGCUGGUCGGUCCGAUGUAUCAAGAGAUGUUGACGAAUCCAUUCACUACAUUUCCUAUGUGGUCAUCCAUCCGUAUUACGAUGCGAGCAACAGCUACGUGAACGAUAUCGCGCUCCUCAAGCUGAAGGAACCGCUGGUGUUCAGUGAAACUAUUCAACCCGUGCAACUGGCAACAAAAUGGUUCGAGUUGGACGAAUCCAACUUGGAUGUUACCCUGAUAGGCUGGGGCCGUUUGGAGACCGAUGGCGAUCUACCGACCACGCUGCAACAGGUGGACUACUUCGUCGUUCCCAAUACGCAGUGCAAUGUGUACCACAACAACCACAUCUAUCCGAGUCACAUUUGCGCUGCCGUACCGGAAGGAGGAAAAGGACAAUGCAAUGGCGAUUCUGGUGGUCCUCUGCUGCACAAUGGAGUACAAGUUGGCAUUGUGUCUUGGAGUGUCAAACCAUGCACCGUCGCACCUUAUCCCGGAGUGUUGACUAAGGUUUCAUAUUACAUUGAUUUUAUUCAGGAAAACAUAAGUUAAAGUUUAUUGUGAUCAGCAAAAUAUGAAAUUGAAUGAUUAUUUAAUAAAAUACAUAUUGUUUGCAUUAGAA